AUGAACUCACAGACUCUCUCCGCUUCCGCAUCUACCAUCACCACCACCUCCACCUCCACCUCCUCCCCUUCCCCCUCCUCCUCCUCGAACGACAUCCAAAUAACGAUCCACACCUCCGCCUCCCUCGACAGCAACCCCAAACUCCUCCACUCCCUCGUCUCCGCCAUCAACACCGCCUUCGCGCGCCACUCCGCCUGGAACGGCACACCACGCUUCCACACCCCCUCGGAACUCCCCACGGAGCUAGGCCCCGACUCCGGCCUCUGCGCCAUCGCCCACUCAGGCCCCACCAUCCUCGGCAGCGCCAGCCUCCGGCAAUGGCGCCCCCAAGCCAACGGCGCCGUCGACGCCGCUCUACGCUCCAUGCCUCAAGACCUCAAACUCGCCGACGCCGGGCAGAGCUACGAAGUCAAAGCCGUCAUCACGGUCGACACGCCGCGGGCGCGCGGCAAGGGACUCGCGGGCCUGAUGAUACAGGCGCUGCUGGAGAAGGUGCAGCGGGAGCGGCACGGGGGUAAGGAAGUGUUGCUGUGGAUCCAGCUGGCCGAGGAGCAGAACGGCGAGUAUUGGCGGCGGCGAGGCGGGUUUGAGCGCGUGGGACCCGUGGAGAUGAUGCCCAAGGGGACGUGGGGCUGUACGCAUGAGUUUGAGUUUUUGACCAUGGUUAGGAGGGUGCCUGCUAUCGAGGCCGAGGCCGAGGCGGGUGGGUGA